GCACUGCUCUUGCUCCUGCCUGUGUUUAGGUGGCAGCACUGUGUCGCUGGCAGUGGGACAGUGUCAGGCCGGCAAUGAGCAAGGAACGGGGAUGGCGGAGCCUCUUGGACAGUGGAUGUGUAAAUCACCCCUGCAUCCCCACCUUCCUGCACAGCCGUGCUCAUCCCCGCGUUCCUCCGGCGCUGCCCAGGUCAGGCAGACCUGCUCACCUCACCCGGCCUGGGCACGCUGACAUCAGGACACUCAAGCCGCAGCUGCCAGCCGUCAUGGCUCCGGUUACAGCUCUAUAAAGGGGCUUGGGAUGCAGCAGAGAGGGAGCUGGGCCGGGUAUUUCGCAGCCCCGCAACCAUGAGGGGCGGCGCUCUCAUCCUGGUCCUCUCCCUCGCCGUGGCGCUGGCAGAGAGCGUUGCUCCUGCAGAGAGGAAGUGCCAGCUCAGCGGACUGUGGAGGAAUGACCAGGACUCACUGAUGGAGAUUUCGGUGCUGAGGGACAACGGGGACUUCCAGGGACAAUACCUCACGCGAGUCACCCUUUUCGGGGGCUGUGCCCAAGUCUCGCCGCUGAGGGGUGCCCAGCAGCAGCUUGGAGAGGAGGGCUGGCCCACCUUUGCCUUCACUGUGCGCUGGGACAAGUUCUCCAAUGCCACCACCACCUUCGUGGGACAAUGCUUUGUGGAUGCAGGUGGAAAGGAGAUGCUGAGCACCAUGUGGCUGCUGCGUGAAGCUGUCGGGUCCCUUGAGGAGGACUGGAAAGCCACGAGGGUGGGCAGAAAUGUCUUCACACGCAAACGCACCACAAAAGGAAAGAUCCUGCCGAACUUGUCCCCUCCCUGUGAGGCUGUGUCUUCACCAGGCCCAUGAUGGGAUGGUCUGGCUGCUGCCUAACCCCCCAACAAAGCAAGAAAAACCUGCCUCCCAGUUGAGAAUAAAACUUUAAAAUCAUCGGCUGUUGUUGC